AUGCCUGUUCCCACACUUCCCAAGGAUAUUGUCGCCGUCGACAGCGGAGAUAGGACUUACAUGUUCUACGUCAACACCAAACGCAAGCUUAGCUACCUGAUUUCUCCUGGACCCGAUGGAACCGGCGACUACUCCUUCAAAAGAAUUGACAUUGAUAGCGAUGAUGUCGAAGUCAGUGAGAAGACCCAGCAAGUCGCUGCCAUCGCGUGGGAAGCCGACGGAGUAAAGCAGGCUUCUCAGAUUCGCGUUUAUUACGUCAACGAAGGUGGUAGGCUCAACGAGGUUUGCCAUAGUAGCAACGUUGAUGGGUGGUACCAGGGCUCGCUAGGCAAGAAGGGUACGACCCAGUAUCCGAUCGUCGAAGGCUCGUCUAUCUCAGCCACAGUCGCUCGUAGGAACGGUGAUGGUGGUCAGGGAGCCACUUACAGUCUCAGGGUUUUUGCGUCCGGCGCCGGCCAGGAAAAUGACUACGGAGUCCCCAGCAUUAGCGUUUUCACGUUCGGCUACAACGCGAAGGGACAGGCGACCGGAGAGGUGGACACAUUUGGUGUCAUGAGAUACGGACUGAGAGAUGGUCGAAAUGGCUUGAGAGUUUGCACCACUGAAUUCCAGUUUAUACCGGCAGAUGCUAUAGACAACCAUCCUGGUGUCUUCCCAGUCCUGGACCUCGCCAUAGACAAGCACCAGGUUUCGACCAGAGGGUUGCCUUGGCUGCAACACUGCCAACACUCGCACUCACAAUGCAAUAGCCACAACCCUUCAAUGCAGUUAUGGCGUCCCACAAGACUGCUUGAUGUCCACACCGAAGAAUAUCUCAACUGGAGACUUUGUGUGACAUCCAAGGACACCAUACCUUCAAGUCCAAUCUCUUAUCUAACCCUCAGUUACCGUUGGAGUCCGACUCCUCAGAUACGACUGCUUUCGUCAAAUCUUGAAAAGCUCCGACAAGGUCUACCAAUUGCCGAUCUGCCCGUUUUAUUCCAGGAUGUUAUAUAUGUUGCCCGCCAAUUCUCCAUACGGUACAUCUGGAUUGACGCGCUAUGCAUAAUCCAGGACUCAAAGGACGACUGGGAAAGAGAAUCCCCGAUGAUGCGACACGUCUAUUCCAAUUCCGUUUGCACAAUAGCUGCUUCUGGCUCCGGGUCCUCGGACGACAGUCUCUUCCACGAUAGAGACUUGGACUUUAUCAAAGCCGGGAAAGUGAAAAGCUCCCUAUUUACAGGGCAACCGGAGCCUUAUUACAUAUGGGAUAGAUCCUACUUUGAACGACAGAUACUCGAAGGCGGACUGCGUACUCGAGGCUGGGUCUUCCAAGAAUGGUUUCUGUCACCCCGAAUCCUCUAUUUCGGUCGCCAUCAACUCAUUUGGGAGUGCCGCACACUACAUCGCUGCGAGGUCUUUCCUGGAGGUGUACCAGGGUACCAGUCACCGAAGCAGAUGAGCAUGGAGAUGGUCCCGUCCACGCGAACAGAGAAUCAAAUGCCUGAUGACAAGGCUGGGCUAUGGGUUGACCUCAUUAACCAAUACACCAAGUGUAAUCUCACAUUUCCCAGCGACAGACUCAACGCGAUGGCCGGUAUUGCCAAGCUUUUCGAGGAAGUUACCGGCGACCAGUAUGUAGCGGGACUCUGGAAAUCACGCUUUAUCGAACUGCUAGACUGGGCUGUAGUUAUUUGCUCAGCCCCCCCUUCUAGAAAAUAUCGAGCGCCGUCUUGGUCGUGGGCACACGUAGGCGGUGCAGUGGAAGUGCACAAUCUGACCGUUGACACUUCGACUUCGCAGCAAAACACUAUCAAGCAUAAGUCGUUGCUUGCGGAGCUUGUAUCGGUAGAAGUUGUCACCCAGACCCAGGACAAGAUGUCCACAGUCCUCAGCGGUAUCGCUGUGCUAAAGGCCAGGAUCGUGCCGAUUGAGUGCAUUCGCACCCGAAAGAGACAGUAUAGAUUCCAAGGUCCUAGAUGCCAGCUAGGAUAUGCAGUCCAGCCAGAUUCACUAGACAGAAUGUUCAAAAAGGGCCAAAAGGUCUUCUGCAUGCCUUUGAUUUAUUACGAGUAUGGCAAUGAGUUUUUUAACCAUAUGUCCUGUCUCGUCUUGGACUGGAGAGGAGAUUCACCUGAUUGGCCGAAUGCGUAUACAAGACUGGGCUUGCUUUGGGUGAAGCGCUGUUCUGAUCCUGCAUCACUUGGUGGCAAGAUACAGCAAAUUGAACUGAUUUAG